AUGGUCGAGAGUCGGAAUUUGAUUGCCAAAUUCCGACGAUCGGAGCUACAACUAUUAGGGGAGCUGGCUGUUGAGCUGUGUUCUCCCAUGUCCACACCGGUAUUCCCAUACGAGAGCCCGCCACAAAUGUCAUUGGCCGGUUCCUUCCCUCCAUCGGUUUCUGGAUUGAGUGCGGCGCAGAUAAUGGCCGUGGCAGACUCCAUUGAGAGUAUUGAUACGGAUGUCGAAUGCGAUGAUUGA